UACCAAAACAACCAAUACCACUACCUUUUUUUUUUGAACAGUACCAAUACCACUACUACUGUGAAAUCAAAACAAUACCAUUGCAUAAAUAAAUCAAUAUAAACACUCCAAAAUAAAUACAGAGAAACUACCAAAGCAUAAUGCAAACACUACCAAACCAAAUGCAAAUAACUACCAAAACAUAAUGCUCCAUCUAACUAACACAAAUGCAGGUAACUAUCAAAGCGUAAUGCACACACCACCAAAGAAGAUUCUGGGAUGCAGCAUAUUGAAUUGCCUCGUCCAGCACCGCCAUCAGCAACGUCAGAGGAAGAUUCCGAAGUGGCGGGUGAAUCGUCAUCGUCGGGGCGGUCCCGAUCUGGAACGCGAGCAUCCAUUGAAUUGGCAGCGGAAUCAUCGAGCGAAUUGGCGGGGGCAUCGUCCAUUGAAUUGGCGGGGGAAUUGUCCAUUGAAUUGGCGAGCGUCCCAUAUUGAAUUGCCUUGUCCAGCUCCGCCGUCAGCAACGUCGGAGGAAGAUUCGAAAGUACCGGGGGAGUCGUCGUCAGGGAGGUCCCGAUCUAGGAAGCGGGCGUCCAUUGAUGGUGUUGCAGCUUCUGAGAGAGAGGGAGAGAGAGGGGGGGAUGCUAGGGAUGGAAGAUUAUGCGAGAGAGGAGGGGAAGGGAGGAGGGCGGUGGAGGGGAGGCCGGCCAGCGGUGGAGGGGGUUCUCGGGAGGGAGGAGGGACGUCGGGAGGUAACGGGGGAGGGAGCUUAGUGGUUGGCGGCGGGUUGGAGUAGGGCAGGGUUUGAAUAUAAUUUAUAGAGUAAUUAGGUGUGGUAUAUUUUUCAAUUCCAAAAUUACCCUAAUAUAAUAUGCAUCGUUAAUUUAAAAUUAGGGUGAAAAGAAAAUAAUGAAUGAUAUAGAUUAAGGUAGCCACCGUGAUUACUAAAAAUCAAGUAACCACGCUAACUCAUCUCGCACACUAGGUCAUAAUAUUAGAGUUGGAACUAUGUACUAAAGAUGAUUAGGGCGUGUAGAUACUAACUAGUAGAUGGGUGAUGACUGAUGACUGAUGAAUCACGUACUUGACAGAGUUCGUGGAGUGGAAAAGUUAGAGAAAAAGACAAGGUUAAAGAUAAGGGGGGUUUUUUUUUUGGCCUAAUCCAUAUAAAGGAGGUGGUAAAAAUGCAAAGAGAAAAGAGGUGGACGUGAUUUAUAAAAAGGGCCAAAGACA